CUCCCUCUGACGUCAGUUCCGGGGGCGUCGCGGCGCGUCCCCUCGACCUCGGCGAUGGCGGCGCUGCGGGGCCUGCGGGGCCUCCCGGGGCUGCGGCUGCUCCCGGGCCCGGCGCGGCCCGGCCCGGCUCCCCCGCGCUCGCUGCUGCGCCCGCACCGCGGCCCCGGCCCCGCCACGGUGUCGCUGUCGUCGUUCCCGGGCCGUCCCCGCUCCCGGUGGUCCCUGGCCGUGCUGGGGGCGCUGGCAGGGGGGGGCUCCGUGGCCGUGGCCCUGUCCCUGUCACUCGGGGGGGGCCCCGUGAGCGCGGGGGAGCUGGAGCUGCACCCCCCGAACCUGCCCUGGAGCCACGGCGGCUUCCUGUCGGCGCUGGACCACGCCAGUGUCCGCAGGGGGUUCCAGGUGUACCACCAG